AUGGUGUUGGUGCUCGUUGUUGGUGACCUGCACGUACCGCAGCGUGCUGCAGCGAUACCGGAGGCUUUCACACACAUGCUAACCCCAGGGCGCAUCAAAGUGGUGUUGAUAACGGGCAACGUCGGCUGUCGUGAGAUGCAUAACUAUUUCCGCACCAUCGCACCAGAGGUGUACUGUGCCAAAGGGGAGUUUGACCGAUGGAGCUACCCUCAGUUGAAGGAGACACACCUGAUAACAGUGGAGGAUUUAAAGAUUGGCCUCAUCCACGGACAUCAGGUGGUGCCUUGUGGUGACAGGGAUUCCUUAGCGAUGUUGCAGCGCAAGAUGGAUGUGGACAUUCUUGUUUCGGGCGCCACCCAUCACUGCAAAACCUUCGAGUUUGACGGUCACCUCUUCGUCAAUCCCGGCUCCAUUACAGGGGCCUUUACCCCUGCACAGCCCGAUGUGGCUCCCGCCUUUGUCUUACUGGACAUCAAAGGGAAAACGGUGACCUCCUUUGCUUACGUGUAUAAACCGCGGGGGGGCAUCAGUGGCGAGGAUUUUACUAUCAAGCGGAAGGUAUGGACGAAGGAGUAG